AUGUUAGCACAAUGGGCUUUGUACCUUGAGAGAUUUAAUUACGUGAUUAUUCAUAAAUCAGGUGCAACUAAUAUAGUGAAAGAUGCAUUGAGUAGAACAGCAACAUUAUUGUAUGGCAUUCCACUAGAGUAUUGGUCUCCAAAAGGCCUUAGCUACAUAGCAAGUGCUAUUGGAAAUCCUCUUUAUGCGGAUUCUAUCACUGAAGGAGGGACAAGAUUAGAUUUUGCAAGGAUAUGCAUUGAGAUCAAAGUGGAUGCGGAAUGCCCGGAGUCUAUAAGUUUAACUCUACCAAAUGGUGAAAGCAUGUUGAUCAAUGUAGAGUAUAGCUGGAAACCACUAAAAUGCAAUGUUUGCCAAUGCUUUGGACACUCCACAGCCAACUGUUCUUUUGCUCCGAAGUUUGAAGGCAGCUCAUCUUCUCGGAAAAUUUUGAAGGACGGGGCUGGAAUGAUAGUAUCUAAGAAACAACAUGGGAAAGAUAACAUGAUGAAAGUGGCAAACGACAAUGACAAGAAGGCCAAAGGCAAAGGCAUGGAGAUUCAUAAGUCGGUGGUAAACACAAAUAAGAAUAAUAGAUACUCAGCGUUAGCCAACUAUGAGUCCCAUGAGCAAGACAAAAGGAACUUAGUGAUGUAUGAGGAGGAAAAUUCAGAGAAAUCCAAUGAAGGAGUUAAUUCGGCAGGGAAAGAAAAGAUGAAUGCAGCUAGCACAUCCAAGAAUAGUCAAGUUACAACAGCAAGUGGAAUUGUUCCAGAGGAUGAUGGAACCAUCACUAGUGUUAUGGAGGAUUUGGAAAAUGAAGGCUCUCCAACAAUAGUCCCAUUUGGUGGAAAGCUAAAGGUGGAUGAGAUGGAUCUUAGGAAGAAGGAAGUGGACAUGAAGACUAUGAACUUGGGGAAGAAAUUGGCAAAGCUUAAGAAAGCAAAUUCCCCUCCCCCAUUAGCCAAAUGA